AUGACGACGUCUUCUUCGUUUUCAAGCAGACGGAGAUCAGCGAAGCCUUAUGGAUUGGGUGAGACUCACUACGAUGCUCUCUGUAUAGCUCGAAGCGCGAGUCUGGACGAGAUUCGUCGUAAUUUCCAAGAAGCAGCGCUGUUGUUGCACCCAGACAAACAGCAGCAGCAACAGGAGCAUCAGAACCAGGAGAAGGAGCAACGGCAGCUGGAAGGCGAACAGAUUCACGAGGAUCUGGAAUUACUGGUGCAUGCUAUCGGCGAUGGCAUUUCCAACGGUCGGGAGCAACGGUUUCAGCGCGUGCACGCAGCGUGGUCUGCUCUGCGAGAUUCGUCCACGCGCGCCGAAUACGAUCGCGUGCUUAUAGAGUCGGACAAACGGGCGGCGGCACUGGCUCUGGUGCAGCAGGGCUGCUACAGCCGGAGCUACAGUGCUGGCUGCUACAGCUCCACCAAAGUGCCGCGCACCGAAAAAACAGUGGUGGCGGCAUGGGCGGUUGGCAGCAAACGAGGUCCGCCUCCCGAUCUAAUGCCCAAGGAAGAAUUGCUAUCCACCUGCAAGUUCCCAGGUGCGAUCAAUCUCACAAUUUCGCCAGAGUUCAUCGGGACUACGUGGCGAGGGUGGGGAACUUCGCUCUCGUGGUUCGCGAAUUAUGUCGGCGGCUUGCCGCAGCAGCAGCUGACCGCGAUGCUUGACCUUAUCUUCGACCCCAUCAACGGGUUAGGUCUGAACAUCGUGCGUUACAAUAUCGGAGGGGGACACAACGAAACACUCAGCCCGCAGUUUCAUCAAAGCUUACAGGCGUACUGGAGGGGAAUGCCGGGUUACAAGCCAACAAGGCGGCAGUGGGAGCCCUGGCCUCAGUACAUGGCAGAGGGCAGGGCCUUGAGUAAACAGCACCCCAUGACGCUCCUCGAGAUUGCCGCGCACGCGAAAACAGUGACCGCAACACCCGGGAAUGGCAGCAUGCAGAGUCCGCCCCCCUAUCUAGAGCCCAAAGAAGAAUUACUACCCACCUGCAAGUUUCCAGGUGAGAUCAAUCUCACAAUUUCGGCAGACUUCAUCGGAACCACGUGGCGCGGGUGGGGGACUUCGCUCGGGUGGUUCGCGAAUUACGUCGGCGGCUUGCCGCAGCGGCAGCUGACCGCAAUUCUCGAUCUUAUAUUCGAUCCCAUCAACGGGUUAGGCCUGAACAUCGUACGUUACAACAUUGGAGGGGGACACAACGAUACACUCAGCCCACAGUUUAAUCAGAGCUUGGAGGCGCAUUGGAGGGGCAUGCCGGGUUACAAGCCGGCAAAGGACGGGCCGUACGAUUGGAACGCAGACGAACGGCAGCGGAACGUGCUGCUAGGAGCGAAGGCGAGAGGAGCGAAUGUUUUCGAGGCGUUUUCGAACAGCCCGCCUUGGUGGAUGACCGUAACGGGUGACGUGGGAGGUGCGGUAUCAAAAGGGGAGACGAAUAUGCUGCCGGAGUACGAAGACGAUUUCGCAGACUACUUGACGACAGUCGUGGCGGAGUUCGCGAAAAGGUGGAGAGUUACUUUCGAUGCAUUGGAGCCGUUUAACGAGGCGCUGGAGGAGUUUUGGAAGACAGGAGAUGAUCAUGAGGGGUGUACAUUCAAUCAGCCCGAGAUGGGGCGAGUCAUAAAGUACACUUCAGACUCGUUACAAGCGAAGGGAUUGACAACGAAGUUGGUGGGAGUGGACAGCUGGGAUGGAACGACAGCGCAGCUACCUAAGAUUUCGAAUCAUGAGCUAUUAACGCGGAUAAACGUUCAUGCGUACAUCAAUCAGUACUUCAAGGAGGGUGUGGAUGUGACUUACGAGGUCAGAUAUGGCAGCAUACGCGACACGGCGAAGCAGUUGGGAAGGGAGGUGUGGGUUAGCGAAGCGGGAGCGUUAGGCAAAAACGGGAGUAAUUGGGACCUUGCACUGUACAUGGCGCGAAACGUUAUCGAGAGCGUUAAUAUCAUGGAGGCUUCUGCGUACCUCAUGUGGCAGGCGUACGAUUUUGCGGCGCAUUGGUCAUGCAUCGAUUUCCCGCCGGAUUAUCCACCCCGAUAUAGUGGCGAAAUGAUGAUGCCUACUAUGAACAAAAGGUUUUGGAUUUUCAAGCAUUUCACCAUGCUUGCCAAACCUGGAUCCAAGCCGCUUAAGAAUAUCAGCGCGAUGGUGAGGCGUUUGUUUCUUCGCGGCGUGUUCUUCAGCGUCUUCCUAGCUCUAGCCCUCCUCGAGUUUGCCGCGCACCCGAAAACAGUGACGGCAGCACGCCGCGCCGGCGGCGCCGAUGGCAACAAGCGGGCUCCGCCCCCUGAUCUAUUGCCCGCGAUUGAAUUGCUAUCCACCUGCAAAUCUAAAGGUGCGAUCAAUAUCACAGUUUCGCCAGAAUUCGUCGGGACCACGUGGCGAGGGUGGGGGACUUCGCUCGCGUGGUUCGCGAAUUACGUCGGCGGCUUGCCGCAGCAGCAGCUGACCGCAAUUCUCGAUCUUAUAUUUGAACCCAUAAACGGUCUCGGACUGAACAUCGUACGCUACAACAUCGGAGGGGGACACCACGAUGAACGGAGCCCGCAGUUUCACCAGAACUCGGAGGCGGAUUGGCGCGGGAUACCGGGUUACAAGCCGACAAAGGACGGCCCGUACGAUUGGAGCGCAGACAAACGGCAGCGCAACGUGCUGCUGGGAGCGAAGGAGAGAGGCGCGAAUGUUUUCGAAGCGUUUUCAAACAGCCCGCCGUGGUGGAUGACCGUAACGGGUGACGUGGCGGGUGCGGUUUGGAAAGGGGCGACGAAUUUGCUGCCUGAGUACGAGAAGGCUUUCGCAGACUACUUGACGACAGUCGUGGCGGAGUUCGCGAAAAGGUGGAAAUUAAAAUUUGAUGCAUUGGAGCCUUUUAACGAGGCGCUGGAGGGCUUCUGGAAAGCUGGAAAGGAACACGAGGGGUGUACGUUUAAUCCCCCCGAGAUGGGCCGUGUCAUCAAGUACACUUCAGACUCUUUAAAGGCGAAGAAGGUUAAAACGAAGUUGGUGGGGGUGGACAGCUGGGAUGGCAUGACCGCGCAGCUACCUCAGAUCGCGAAUCAUGAGCUACUAACGCGGAUAAACGUUCACGCGUACGUGAAUAGUUACCACGAUAAGACCGUGGCUGCGACUUACGAAAAGCGAUUCGGCACCAUUCGCGACACGGCGAAGCAGCUGGGGAGGGAGGUGUGGGUUAGCGAAGCGGGAGCGCUGAGCAAACGCGGGAGCAAUUGGGACCUUUCACUGUACAUGGCGCGAAACGUUAUCGAGAGCGUCAAUAUCAUGGAGGCUUCUGCGUACAUGAUCUGGCAGGCGUACGAUUUCGCAGCACAUUGGUCGUGCAUCGAUUUCCCUCCGAAUUAUCCGGCGAAUUACACAGGCGAAAUGGAGAUGCCUAGAGCGAACAAGCGGUUUUGGAUUUUCAAGCAUUUUACUUUCCUUGCCGGACCUGGAUCCAAGCCGCUCAAGAUAGGUUCGGACUGCUGGCACGGCAUGAGCGCGUUUUACAACCCGGGCGAAAAGCGGGUUACUGUUUUCGUUGUGAACCAGAAGGCGGAAGACAGGCACGUGACGAUUAAUCUAGACGGGUUUACGAUGAACGUGGGGGGAACUACCAAGGUUGUCGUAAGGCGGACAACUUGGUCUACGGAUUUCACUGUCAAGGUGUACAGAAAGCAAGUUGCGAGGCUGACUGUAUGGGGACAGAGCUUAGCUUCUGUCACCUUCACUAACGUGUCAUAUUAG